UGCCGUAAGUGAAUUGGCGACGCCACAGCAAGACAGCUUUUGAAUAAUAGUUCGGGUAAAACAUUAUAAAAGCAACUUUCCAUUUUACCUUAUCUACUAAUACCUUAUUGAUAAAGCUACCGGUAAGUAAGUAGUGGUAAAACCUGCAAUUGCCAGUCUUUUUGAAAGCGAACAUCUAGCUAGUGGUACGGUACCGUAGAAAGGUUACCAGUAGCUUCGUACGGUAGCUAAGAAUUUGGGAGGGAAGCACCUCCUCCGCUUCAUUCAUCCUUCCCUCCACCAGAACAAGCGCCAACAAGAGUGAUCAAGAGCCAAGAGCACUGCAGUACAUGUACAGUAUACAAUACUGCAGUAAACACAAGAAGCCCCACAACAGCUACAUUGAUUGAGCUGAGCAGACAGACCGUCUCUCGCUUUCUCUUCAUUCAUUCACUCACUGCUGUAUACCCCCAGUUAUUAGAGCUCCAUUAAGCUCGUAUACCCAUACUAUUAUACCCAUUCUAUUAUACCCUUGGUUAAUAGAAAGAAGGAAAGAUGAGUGCCGUGGAACGCUGUUCGAUUGCGUCGUCCAUUACAACGUGUGCUUCUACGCGAUGCUCUACUACAUCUACUUCUACUUCUACAAGUACUUCAGUAAUAACGGCACAUGACUUGGUGGUGUCGUUAGAAGAACUGCUGUUGCAAUUGGAACACAUCCAACGGCAAGUGCCUGGCUUUGAAGAAGCCGCGGGUCAGUUUGACUUUUGCGGACGAUGGGAUCGAUUGCACAAACACACGAGUCGCUUGUCCGAGUGUACGUCCAUGAGUCGGGACGAUGAGGACACGCUACUGCUGGCAACCGACUUUGAGCAAAUCAAGGAACUCGUGUGCGACUGUCGAUCGUUUCUCGAGACGUUGGAAGACGCCAAGAUUGCCCCACGGCAUCGGUGGCAGAAAUGGUGGGACAAACAACAGAGUGGCAAAUACCAACGACCGCUCGAAGCACUCUCCAAUCGACUCAACGAAGUCAUUGUCACGCAUGUGCAUCAUGUCUGGGACAUGGUGCCAUUACAAGUCGAACACGACACUGAUAGUACUUCAACAGCUACGCUGUCUCAUUUUCCAUUCACCAUGGACCAAAUGGGACUCACGGCUCCGGUUCAGUCGGAACACGAGGAAUUGACCGGAUGGCACGGCAAAGGCUGCGAUAAGCUCAGUUUCAGUCAACGACUUUCUACCAGUAUGAGGAGUACCGCCAGUACGGCCAGUACUGUCAGUAUGGAUUCUUCUAUGCGUUCCUACUCGACUCACAACAAUAGCAACAACAACAACAACAACAAUGGCAGCAGUAGCAACUGGACGGAUAGCGCAUCCAAUAACAAUCAAGAUUUGCUGUGGGACUUUUCGCCACGACCACUGCCACCGAGUGGAUGGGGUAGCAACGGCGGCGCUCCGAAAACGCGACGCGACUUGCAAGAACAAUACGUGCAAACCCAACGAUUGCGCGAACUAUCCCAAGAUAUUCCCGUGCAACAGAUUCGCGUCGUAUUGGCACAACUCGAAGCCGGGGAUACCAGUCCUACCAUUGUCACGGCCAAAACGGCCAUGAUGACGCUCGGCUACUUUGGUGCAUUAAUGGUAUCGCCCCUCGCCAUGACGUUUGGAUUGACACCGCAAGAAGCCAUUCACGAAACACCCCUCGAAGCUGCCGCCGUCUUUUCCCAUUACUUGCUGGAGUUUGAACUCGCUGAUAAAGACGGGACCAUAGCGACACUGGAGAAUUGUGUCAAUGACAUUUACUUGUAUGAAGGACGAUCCACACGGGCCCAACAGCACGUCGUUACUACCAUUCCCAUGUUGCCGGGCGCCAUUGGGGCACCCAACUCGGUCACACGGCCGUUACUAUUGAGAGAUCUCAUUCGAUUUCGCAAUCAACAACGGCAACAACCGUAUCGAUUGUUUGAAAACAAUUGCAAACACUUUUGUGUCCACGCAUUGACAGGAGGAGACUUGUUCCCCAAAGCCACCAAUGUCGAUCGAACCAAUCUCGAAGUGUUUUAUCAACUCUGUCAAGGAUGUUAUGUUCAAGAAGAAUGUUUUGACUUGUUUACCGAUCCGCGCAUGCCACUGUUGCCGGAAGAAGACGAAGCAGAACAAGAACCGCCUCCAAUGGACGAUUCUUCCUCGAAACGACGACGACGACGCAUGUCGGGGGUCGAUGUACGAGGCUUGUCCGAACGAGAUCUCAUGAUGGACGAUUCGUCGCGACGACGACAACAACUCAUGAUGGAUGACUCAUCGCGACGACGACGACCCGUCAGUAUCGUACAAAUGAGUAUUGAUUUUGAAUGGUAAAUACAAUGAUCAAUAAAUACAAUGCAUAAAGAAGUAUAUAGAUAGCCAUCAUCCAUGU